AUGAAGAUAAAAAAUAUUAUUAGGAUAGCAUUUUGCCACCUUGCAUUAUAUUGUUUUGUUGUUUUUUAUAUCGUUGGUGGUGGGUAUAUUUUUCAUUAUCUAGAGGGACCUGGAGAAGAAGCUAAACAUAUUAUGAUGAAAGAAAAAUUAAUUCUUAUAAAAAAUAUAUUUGUAAAUAAUGUUACUUUUUCAAAUUCAUCAGAUUUUAUUGAAGAGUGCCUUGUAAUAUUAUUAAGUAAUUUAUCAGUAUCUCAAACACCUCAUGAUGUUCAUGAUAUUCAAGAAGCUCUUUCUAUAUUAAUUAAUAAAAAUGAAAAUUUUCAAAAAAGAUGGACAUUUGAGUCAUCAAUAUUAUUUGCUUUUACAAUUCUUACAACUAUUGGAUACGGUAAUUUAGUACCAACAAGUAAAGGAUCUCAAAUAUUUACAAUGAUAUAUGGUGCUAUAGGUAUACCCUUAUUUCUUAUAACAAUAGCUGAUUUGGGUAGAUUUUUUAAAACAGCAGUCCUUUUUCUUUUACAAAUUAUUUUUAAACGUCAAAUUAAAAAAACUGGUGAUCAACAUCUUUUACGUGAGAUUGGUGAAGUUAUCCUAGUAGCAUUAUUUUUUAUUGCAUUUAUUGCUGCUGGUUCAGCUAUAUUACCACUAUGGGAAAGCGAUUUAACAUAUUUUCAAAGUGUAUAUUUUUCAUAUAUGAGUUUAACAACAAUUGGAUUAGGAGAUAUUGUACCUAGAAGAAUGGAUUUUUUAUUACCCACUUUAGUUUAUAUAACAAUCGGUUUUUGGUUAACAACUGCAUUAGUGGAACAAUUAGCUGAUGUUUUUAGAUUAGUUCAUUAUUAUGGUAGACAUGUUAGUAAUGUUAAAGGUAUUACUGUAUGGCUUGGUGGUAGAAGACUUAGUGUAGGAUCAUUAAUUCAAACAGUUUGCCGUCGUGUUGGAAUGUCUGAUAAUAUAGUUAGUGCAAUAAAUUGGGAUAAAACUUUAGAUCAAGUAUUAAAUGGACAAGCACUUGAAUCAAUUCCUAUAUUUCCGUGGCAUUUUUCAGAUUUUAUUGAACAUGAUCCACCAUUAAUUGAUUCAAGUCUUGAUAUCGAUGAAUUAGAGAGUGCUUAUUAUUAUACAGUACCAACAAUAUGUAAUAGUCCUGAUCAUAAUGUUCAUAUACGUAGAGGAAGCCGUUCAACUACAAGAAAUAACUCAAGACAUUCAAAUUUUUCACUACUACUAAGUGAAGGAGAUGAUUCAUCAUCUUCAGAAUAA